AAAUUCCACCACCUUGAAUAGCAUUCGAAAUGGGAUUAUCGGGGGAAGUAGAGUCGUGGAGAAACAAGAAAUGGCGGUUUAUAGCAGUAAGGAUAAAUUAGUUAAAGCCUUGUUGGAUAAGACAAAAAAUUUAAAAACUUAUUUAGAAUAUUGUGGAGUUACAGGUCAACGUGCUAUUCCGUCAUCGGAGGAUUUCCUCUUGUCAUGUUUGAUUUGGUUAGAUUUAACAGAUGCUGUAUCGGUUUGUUCAGAUAUACUUGCAGCUGUAUCAAGUAAACAUCUAGAAAGAUCAUUACCCGAUCUAUCGAAGUUAUAUAAUGUUAGGAGAGUUUAUAAGGCAUUGAUGAAGGAAUCAAGGAAGGAUAGAAAGCCAGAAUGGCCAUGUGAUCCGCUACCAAUUUUUGCGUUAAGAAG